AUGCCAGCAGUUUGGUUUGCUUUAAAGAGGUCACUGCAGUGCAAAUCAGAGCCAUCUGAUGUCUAUGAUCCAAGGGUCAAUGGUAAUCUAAGCAACAUAUUGACCAAGAAAACAGGCAGGUCUGGGUGUUCAAGGUCUAUUGCAAAUCUCAAAGAUGUCAUCCAUGGAAGCAAGAGACACAUGGAAAUGCCACCAAGUUGUAGUCCAAGAUCUAUUGGGAGCAGUGAACUCCUAAACCCAAUAACCCAUGAAGUUGUCCUCAGCAACACAACUUGUGAGCUCAAAAUAACAAGCUUUGGUGGUGCCCAAAAUGGCAAUGGUGGGAAUGGAGGGGGUGUCUCAACCUUUGUGGGUACACUAAAACCAGGGACACCUGGCCCUGGAGGCCACCAUGUGGUGCCCCUAAACCACCACCCUAGAAGCUUAUCAAACCUUUCAGGAAGGACACCCAGUAGCCUUUCUAGGAGGAGAGGGUCUGGAUUUGGUGCUAUUCCUUCAAAGCCUAGGUCUUCUUUUGGUACAGACACUUAUGGUUCUUCACCUUUGACUUGCCAUAAAUGUGGUGAGCAAUUCACAGAAUGGGAAGCUAUGGAAGAACAUCAUCUCUCCCAACAUGCUGUUACUGAACUUGCUGAAGGAGAUUCUUCUGGGAAGAUUGUAGAGUUAAUUUUCAAAACAAGCUGGUCGAAGAACGAUAACAAUUGUGGGAGGAUUGAGAGGAUUUUGAAGGUACAUAACAUGCAACAAACCCUUGCUCAAUUUGAAGAACAUAGAGAAAUAGUGAAGAUCAAAGCCAGCAAACUGGCCAAGAAGCAUCCUCGUUGCCUAGCCGAUGGGAAUGAACUAUUGAGGUUCCAUGGCACUACUGUUGAAUGUUCCCUUGGCAUGAAUGGUUCCUCUAGCCUCUGCACUUCCGAUAAAUGCAGCGUUUGUCGAAUUCUAAGGCAUGGUUUCUCCACCAAGAAGGAAAUCAAUGGUGGAGUUGGUGUUUUUACGACGUCCACGAGUGGAAGAGCAUUUGAAUCUGUAGAAGUUUAUGAUGAUUAUCCCUUUCUAAGGAAGGCAUUGAUAGUAUGCAGAGUCAUUGCUGGGAGGGUACAUAGACCAUUGGAGAAUAUUCACGAAAUGGCGGGUCAAGCAGGAUUCGAUUCAUUGGCUGGCAAAGUGGGUGUCUACUCCAACAUUGAAGAACUGUAUCUACUCAAUCCCAGAGCUCUCCUUCCUUGCUUUGUUGUAAUUUGCAAACUAUGA